AUGGCUUCAAGGUUCUCAUCACUCACCAAUCUUGUGCUUCUCUCAGCAGCUGCGUUGCUUCUGGUCCACGCAAGUGCUCGCAAUUUGCAGCAAACUCAGGAUUUUCCUCUCCAUGGAGCAGCUACUUCUCCUACCAAUGCUGAGUCUCCAACCGUUACAGCUCCUCUCGACGACAGUAAGAAUUUCAUAUUCGGUGGUGCUGCCGGCGGAGUAGGCGGAUUCAUGGGAAUGCCAGGUGCUGGUGUUGGUGGUGGACCCGGUUUGACUUUGCCUCUCCCUUCCGGGACGCCGCUUCUUGGUGGGCUUGGUGGCUUGGGUGGUGCUAUGGGCCUUCCCGGUGAUGGACCGAUUGGUGGUGGUUCUUUCCCGGGCUCACGAGUUACGCCUCCAGGUGGAUUCAGAGACCAACCCAAGAGAGGUUUUGAAAGUGUUACAUACAUGCUACAAGGAGGAAUCAUUCACCAAGACUUCACUGGUUAUAAGGAUACAAUCCAUGAAGGAGAUGUUCAUUGGAGGAGAGCAGGAAGAGGAAUCAUUCUUUCAGAAAGGCCUGCAGAAGGAUUCACCAACGGCUUAACCAUUGGGAUCAACCUCCCUUCCACAUACAAAAUGAUUAAGCCAGCAAACCUAAAAAUAUCGAGUUGUAAUAUUCCGAGAGCUGAGAAAAAUGGAGUAGAGGUCAAAGUGAUAGCCGGAAGUUCAAUGGGAGUCCAAUCAACUUACCACACAAAAACACCAAUCAUGUUCCUUGACUUUACUCUCAAGCCAAGGUCUCUAACCAUCCAGACCGUUCCAGAGACGUGGUCCGCUUUCGCCUACGUUAUCGAAGGCGAUGAGGGCGUGUUUAGCUCCUUGGGCUCUUCCACGGUACACGCACACACUGUUGUGGUGUUUGGACCAGGGGAUCAAGUUUGCGUGAGGAACACGUCAAGGUCUAGGUCGUUAAGGUUCUUGUUGAUUGCAGGUGAGCCGAUCGGCGAGCCUGUGGUUCAGAAAGGGCCUUUUGUGAUGAACUCGCAGGCUGAGAUUGAUACGGCCUUUGGAGACUAUUGUAAUGCCAAGAAUGGCUUUGAAUUGGCCAAGUCUUGGAGCUCAGACUGGAAAAAGAAUUCGUAUCAGUAA